AUAGAACAUUUGCGAGUAUAAAAGCAACAAAAAGACAUUUUGUAGUAAAUUUCUAGCGUGUAAAAGUGCAAUUGCAUACAUAUAUAUCUGAAAGAAUAGAAACGAAGUGCAUUGUGUUUCGUCAUUGGAAAAGUAAAGUGAAACGAAGUCAUUGGAAACUUCUAGAAGGCACUCCACGCAACUACAACAGCAACACCAACAAUAAUACCAAAGUUAAGUGACUUCGCCGCAGUGAAGUGCCUUUUGCAGUUAGAUCAAUAAUUUUCUACUCUAUAAUUCAAACUCGAUUUGCAUAAAUCAAACCCAACAAUCGAGAUGGCUUUUAUGAUGCCCGUCAUGAAGAACAACUACGACAUCUACAAGGACAGUCGUUCGCGCAAAACAUCAGAAUGCUCUACGACCAGCUCGAAUGGUGGCGCACCCACGUUGUCAUCCGCCAUGGGUGUGCCGGCCAAUGCCCGCGUACGCAAAGUAUCUGAAUGCAAGUCGGAGAGUUUCGCCACCUCACCUUCGCACACCUAUCGCAUGCAGAUGCAACGUUGUCAAUCAUCACGCGCCUUUCCUCGCAACGCAUCGCGUACUUCACACUCUUCGGCGGCAGGCGCACUCUCGCCAACGCGUUCCUUUAGCCAAUCCUCCAGUCCGCCCAAGACCAUAAACACAGUGGAGAGCCAAAAUGAUAUUACGAAAUUUCAUUUGCGACUUGUUGACAAACUGCGUAAGUCCUUUCGCAAGGACAGCGCCAAACGGUCAUGAGAACGCGAUAGUGUUCUACCACACAGCAACAGUAGCAGCAGCAGCAGCUAUCCAAAUGACGAUGGCAGCACAACAAAAGCAGAAAACUAUAAUCUUAAUUAUAAUAGGGAAACGCAGCAACAUCAUCAGCAGCAGCAGCUGCUUUCACUGGUCAACAGUCCGGAAAGUAGAGC